AUGCACAAGUUCCAGGAUACACGAACGAUCUACAGACCUUCGGACAUCAUUAAUGAUGUUCGACGAGAGUACGGGGUGGUCAUGAGCUAUCAGAAGGCUUGGAAGGCUAAAGAAUGUGCAUUGGAGGAUUUGAUGGGUUCGGCUGAGGAGAGUUAUGCGAAAUUAGCCAGGUAUUGCUAUAACAUGGGAAGAAUUAAUACUGGGUCGGCAUUUUUUAUUGAGAAGGAUGACGAAAAUCGCUUCAGAUAUUUCUUUAUGGCCCUUGGACAAUGUGUUCGAGGAUUUCGAAAUGCAAUGCGACCCCUAAUCUUAGUCGAUGGUACAACCCUUAAGGCGAGAUACGGGGGCAAGUUGAUUAUUGCAACAUGCCAAGAUGCGAACAUCCAAAUUUACUCUCUUGCGUUCGGCAUAGUCGACGGAGAAAAUGAUGUAGCAAUGAGUUGGUUUUUCACGAAGUUGAGGGAAGUAAUUGGAGAUGUCGAAAAUCUUGCAUUCGUAACCAAUCGAGGGCAGUCAAUAAUAAAUGGUAUCGUCGAAGUCUUCCCUGAGGCACAUCAUGGUUAUUGUAUGCACCAUAUACAGGGAAACUUGAAGACCAGGUAUCGAGGCAAUAGCGUCGUUGCGUUCUUUAGGAGAGCUGCAAAGGCUUACAGUUUUGAAGAGUUUGAUAAGUUCAUGGUCGAAAUAGACAGUAAAUCGCAUGCUGCAUGGGAGUAUCUAACAGAGAUGGGGAUUGAACAUUGGAGUUGUGCAAGUGUGCUAACCCCGGCUCAAGAAGAUAAGCUCUUUAAGACUCUAGAUGUGGCAGGAAAGUUAGAGAGUUUUCCACGUACACAUGCAGUGGCAGUGGCUAUGCAUAGAGGAUUACCACCACACACCUUAUGCAGUGUGUAUUACAUGACUGAUUAUUGGAGAGCAGCAUAUGCGGAAACAAUAUUUCCUGUACCAAAUGAAGUCGAGUGGGAAGUGCCCGACCACAUUCUCCCACUGAAUAACUUGUUGCCACCAGCAGUUGGACCACGUACUUCUGGACGUACACGUACGUCUAGAAUACCAUCUACCGGAGAGUUUCCCCAGCCUCGUAAGUGCGGUAGGUGCAGUGCAACAGGACAUACUAGAAGAUAUUGUACAAAUCAGAUUUCUCUACAUGACAAUGUAACGGAUGUGUAA